AUGCACAAGUUUGCUUAUUCACUCUUUAUUUCUCUCCUCGUAUUUUCCCUCGUAUAUUCGGCGAAUGCAGCUGUAAAUAGAAAGAUAUCCGUUACCAAGUUUCCUCACACAGUUGUAAUAAAUUCUCAAUCCACAGACCCUGCCGCCAGUGUCUUUGGCCUGUAUAAAUUCCGAUUUUCAACAGUUUACGUUCCUCACAUUCGAGUUGCAGCAUACAAAGAUGUCAAUGAUACCACUUAUAGAUCCACCUUUAGAGCUGCUUUGGUGGCGUUAAUAGAAUAUAAUGACACCAUUGCCGUACAGGAUAGUGAUAGUGCGUUUACCUAUUUUGGGAAAGGGCCCUUGUGGGAUGAAAUCAAGUUCAAUGACGGAGACAAUGGUCUAAAGACUCUGAAUACUACCCUUACUGCCCCAGGAGGAGCAAAUCCUUUUACCACGACAAUUAGUCUUUAUGCUACAGAAACCGAAACGUCAAUUAAUGGUGCUACUCUUCUUCCCUCUGAUAUAAAGUACUCACUCGCCUUCUCCAACUUUCCUUACAAGUAUCAAAACUCAAAAAUAGCUAUUGUCCAUAUUGUCUUCACUACGGCUGGCUCCAAAUCUUCCCUAAAUUCAGACAAUGCCCAAAUUACAGUUUCAAGCAACACGACAGGCGUCGGUCGACUAGAGUGGGCAAAAACUAUAACCGCGGACGGAAAAGAUAUGACAAUAUCCGCUGAAACAAAUGUUGUCUGGAAAGCUUUCCAGCAGUUCACAAAUGGAAAUUCGACAGAUGAUGACGCUAUUGCUUCAGAGCAGCUGGAGACUGUUGUAUUCAAAUUCGAUGCUGUGCAGCCAACGAGCGUUGUUUGGGAUCCGCGGGUUGGUUUUGUUGAGGACUCGACUACAAGCACAAAUGUUGCAUCGACAGUUGUCAAUUAUAACGCAUUUGUUACUAUAAUUAUAAGUUCAAUCUUUGGAUGUUAUUUAUUUAUUUAA